CCUUGUGAUUAAAUAACUCACACCCUAUCAAUAUCACUUUUGCCUCUCCUUUUCCACUUUCCCACUCCUCUAUCUCCUCCCUAGCGGCUUCGAGAGAGAGAGAGAGAGAGAGAAGCACACACACAGACUUUUUACAUGCAAAGAGAGCUAAUAGAAAUGGAACCUUGCCUCUUUUUUGAUGCUGUAGCAUCCCAUUUCUGCAUCUCCCCAUGUCUUGUUCCUUUCCACUGCUUCCUUUUUGCUCCAUUAUAGAGGUGAGACCACUCUCUUAUUUGUGCUGCCCACAAGCGUCCACUUUUAAGUUGAAGCUUUUCACUAACUUCUCUACUGCAACAAUCCUCCUUUUAUCCAACCUUUCCACUCUACUGGAACGAACGUAGGAUCUAAAACUCUCUCUCUCUCUCUCUCUCUCUCUCUCUCUCUCUAUUGUGGGCAAAUGACAUGAGCUCACUGAGCCAUGUGCUUCUCCUUGCUACCACCCUCAUCUUAAUGCUCUUCAGUGCUCCCCACGGAGCACGUUGUACCAAUAGAUCUCCAAUCUCGUCUCCUCAGGCAAUGUUAAUGGAGGAGAAGAUCCGGUUGGGGUCGACGCCGCCCAGCUGCCACAACCGGUGCAACACCUGCAACCCCUGCACAGCCGUCCAAGUGCCCACCCUCCCCGCCCGCGCCGCGCGCCUACGACCGUCCGAAUCCGACGGCGGCGGCGGAGAGCUCUCCUUCAACGAGUACGCCAAUUACAAGCCGCUGGGUUGGAAAUGCAGGUGCCGCGACCACCUCUACGACCCGUAAUUAGCUUAGCUGUGGGAGAGCAGUUAAAAUGGUCCUCCUUUUCGUUUCCUUCUUUUGUUUUAUUGUUUUGAGUGGUAAUUUCGCCAUUUUCCAGAUCUGGGCCCUCGGCGCAGGUUCCCUGGGAUUCUUUUGGAUGCACGCAGUGAAGAGCACUGCUGUUCAUAUUUUUAAAAUCACACCUUUCAUUUGCCGUCGAUAUAGUGUGCGUACAGCAAGUCACGAGAAAUUCUUGCAUAUCCGCACGUCGAUCUUAAUGCAUCGCAUCUCUAAACUGUCAUACUAUGGAGGCGCCGAAAUUAUUAUACUUUAA